UACUACCAGUCGGGCGGGCGGCUGCGCCGGCCCGUGCAGGUGCCCCUCGACGUCUUCCUGGAGGAGAUCCGCUUCUACCAGCUGGGCCAGGAGGCCAUUGAGAGCUUCCGCCAGGACGAGGGCUUCAUCCAGGAGGAGGAGAAGCCCCUGCCACGCCACCACUUCCAGCGCCAGGUCUGGCUCCUCUUUGAGUACCCCGAGAGCUCGGGGCCGGCCCGUGCUAUCGCCAUCGUCUCCGUACUGGUCAUCCUCAUCUCCAUCGUCAUCUUCUGCCUGGAGACCCUGCCCGAGUUCCGCCAGGACAGCAAGGCCUCCCCCCCGACUGGUUUUGGGGAGGCUACGCUGGCCGAGGACCCCCUGCUCCUCUUGCCACUGGCACCCGAUGGCACCGCAGGGCCGCCGCUGCACCCAGGGGCCGCCACCGGGCCCUUCUUCACCGACCCCUUCUUCCUCAUUGAGACACUGUGCAUCAUCUGGUUCUCCUUUGAGCUGUUGGUGCGCUUCUUCGCCUGCCCCAGCAAGCCUGAGUUCUCCAGGAACAUCAUGAACAUCAUCGACAUUGUGGCCAUCAUCCCCUACUUCAUCACGCUGGGCACCGAGCUGGCGCAGCAGCAGCAGAAGCAGAGGCAGCAGCAGCAGCAGCCUGGGGCUGGCGGCAGUGGGAAUAACGGGGGCCAGCAGCAAGCCAUGUCACUGGCCAUCCUCCGUGUCAUCCGCCUGGUUCGGGUCUUCCGGAUCUUCAAGCUCUCCCGGCACUCCAAGGGGCUGCAGAUCUUGGGGAAGACCCUCCAGGCCAGCAUGAGGGAGCUGGGGCUCCUCAUCUUCUUCCUCUUCAUCGGAGUCAUCCUCUUCUCCAGCGCCGUGUACUUUGCAGAGACCGACGAUCCCGACUCCUUGUUUACCAGCAUCCCGGAUGCGUUCUGGUGGGCGGUGGUGUCCAUGACCACUGUGGGCUACGGGGAUAUGUACCCUCUGACGAUUGGGGGCAAGAUCGUGGGCUCUUUGUGUGCCAUUGCUGGCGUGCUGACCAUAGCCCUGCCUGUGCCCGUCAUCGUGUCCAACUUCAAUUACUUCUACCACCGAGAGACUGACCAGGAGGAGCAGAGCCAGUAUACCCAUGUCACCUGUGGCCAGCAGCAAUCUCCCUUCUCUGAGCCCAAGAAGGGAGAUAGUACUUCGUCCCUCAGCAAAUCAGAAUUUCUGGAGGCAGAAGAUUUGGAGUCCAUGAAAUAUCCCAACUUCAUUGCAACCAACAGCCAGGGCUACAAAGAGAAGAAAAUGCUGACAGAAGUGUGACAAUCUUCUCUUUUGGGGUGUGGAUUAAGACUCUUCCUUUUCACAGCCCUUAUCCCUAUAUCCAGGAUCCUGUUGUGCUACCUGUUCUGCACUUGCAGCUGAAUACGGUCAGGACAGCACAUCAGAUUGUGAACCGUGAUCUUGAAAGCACAGUGAUUGUAAUUGGGGCACUCUUGUCCUGACUUGCCAUGACUCGUUAGCUUGUGCAGUCAGAUGUCCUUGCUUUACUCUGUGAGGUGCCCUUUCUUGUCCCCUUACCCUUCCAUUUUACGGCAGGAGAGCGUGCUUUUGGCCAGUAAUAGCACUGAAGACUAAUAUUUCUCCCUUGCACAAGAGAAGCCCCAGCUAUGUUUGCAGCUAGAAGGCCAGGCAGGGAAUAGUUAAGAGGGCUGCAAACAUCUGGCUCAAGCUGUGUCCGGAGCUCCUGUUCCAGCACUGUGCCCUUGGCGCUGGGAUCGGUCACGCCUGCCAUACCAUAGCCUCUGCAUAAUGGACAGGCUACUAUUUCUCUGUACCUUGUGACUUUGGCUACAAGCAAAACACUGGCUAAAUAUUCCAGCUUCCCAGACACAAAUGCCCGGUUAUUACAACUGUUUGGAGAAGUGGUUUCUUUUGCUUGCCCAAGAAGGUGUGCUCCCAUCCCCAAACACCUCCUGCUUCUGCUCUGUAUGAAAUCAAGACUGACAGACAUUACAGAUGUUUGAUGGCAACAGACAAUGCAUACAGGAAAAGGGGAGGCACUUGCAUACGCUACUGCAAAUGGUUACAGUUUCUGCUGGUAGGAUUGGCGUCUGUUGCAGGCUGUGUGGGGCUGAAAAUAGACUGACUGGUAUUCCCUGCCAGGCCCCUCCACUUAACGUAAAAAGAUUCCCAUGGAGACAAAGCAGCAUGAGUGCAGAGGGAAUUCAUCCCAGCAAGAUGCAGGGUCAAGAAAGAAGCAUCUUCCCCACUGUGCUGGAGUGAACAUAGUAAUUCCCAGAGGAGAAGAGCUACAGCAUCAGCUAGGGUAGCAAAAAUAGGCAACAGAAACAGAGAAGUCCUUUACAAAUGGGUAAGAUAUACGGACAAACCAUGUUUGACGCCCCGAGAAAAGUAACCAGAACACCACUCCAAUUCCAGUGAUGGUAACAUGGAAACUGAGGCCUGUUGACGAUCUUAAAGGCUGUUCAUUCAAAGGGCCCUGGAAUUCCCUAGGAACAUUGAAACAGACACCCAUGCACCUCCACAAGACUGGGAUAAGGAUGCCUAUUUUAAGUCCUCCUCCAGCUGAAGGGCCUAGGGCUGGCAAAUGCUUAAGGUCAGCUCUGAGGAGGGCAACAUGACAGUUACUCUCUAGAAAAUUACAUGGUCUGCCUGUCUGUCUGUCUGUCUAUCCCUCCAUGCCCUGGAUCACUGUGCAUUUAUAAACUACAUUUUCAUAACUCAGAUAAACGGUAGGUGUUUAACCAAACCCAGUGGAUUAUAACUGUCCUAUUAAUGUUUUACAACUGUGAUGAUUAGCUGUGAUAUCAAAGGGGUAUGUGCAAUAUAGAGGCAUUUCACAUCCCCCUGUAAGGUAUCUUGCUUAUUUUGUGUGCAGUAAUUGUUUGUCACAUACAUGUUUCUGAUGCUUCUCUCAAAGGAGGCGGAUUACAGUGCUUUUCAUUGACCAUGGAGAGCCUAAGAAAUAGCACUGUUCAGUUCUCAUCUUCUUAUUCAGAAAGUAUAGUGUCCAAGUACUCCUAAAAUGCAGUCUGAUCAUAUGUGUUGUCUCGAAAUGCUAGGAGUCCCUUUUCAUUGAUCAGUUGUGUAAAAACCUUUUCAAGCCCCAAGAGUCACGAAAGGCCUCCUAAUCCUGAGCAAACAAUGGGGUAAAACCUGAAGGAAGAUUGAAAUAGAAGGGAACAGAGGAGGGAUGGGAAAUGAUCCUCUGGCCCAUAAUACACGGUGCUUGACAAUAGCAAGCACCAAUAUGUAGCCAUGCAGCCAAAGGUGAAUGGCCAAGGCUGGAAUAAAUGUUUCAUGCCCUUGGAGAUGGGUAGAGGUGGGUGAGAGAAGCCUAAAGGAGUUAGGUGUUAAACUCCUACUGAACCUGAAUGGGUGUUGAAUACUUAACUCACAUUGCCUCCCUUUAUAAAUCCUACCCCAUAAGUUUACAUGUGGGACUUUUAAACUGAUUGGCAGUCAUUUGUUUCUGGCAGCUUGUGAACAGUGAUGGAGGAGAGAUCCCCUUUAAGAUGCACCUCCCUGUCCUUGGUAGCCUGGAUGCUACCUCCUAGAGGCUGCUGAUUUACAGGUGCAAUCCUUUGAACUGCCUAGUACUCCCUGAUCCCUCUGCCUUCAAUAGAAUCUGCUGGUGCUCAGGAUCUCAUAGGAUUAAGCCCAGAGAGAUUUGGGACAGUGGAGACAAAAAUACCCAGGAAGCCCCUCUUGCUUUAGGUCCUCAGAGCUGAUGUCUUGCUCUUAGAUGGGCUUGCAAGGAAAUUGGGGUGUUAAAGGAUUGUGGAGGCCCACAUCCUCUUGCUAGUAUUUCAGGCCUUUGAAACUACACCAGUUUACACCAGCUGAGUCCCAGUAUUUCUGACAAGAGCCCAGCUGUUUUUUCUCUUUUCCUUUAAAAUCCAGUAUUUUCAAAUGAAGUGAUUUGGGGAAAGGGAGGCAUUUAACUAGCUUCUCAGAUCUUAAUUCUGAAAUUCAGUAAUUACACUGUGCAGGAUGCUUGCUGGGUGUCCUUGCAUCAAGGGUGGAAGGCCACACUGAGGAGGAGGAAGUUGUCCAAGCUUGUUCAGUAACAUGCUACAUCCUUCUGCAUAUGGUUCCAUGCUGAUCAAAUUCAGCUUCACAUAAGUGAGAAGCUGAUUAACCCAGUUGCUAGAUAUCUGUGAUUACUCUUGCCAGUUAAUCCACUGUUAAUGGG